AUGUAGUGUCGUAAAGUAGAACCAAAUGUAAUAAUGAAUUCUGCUAGACUUAUGUAAAGACCUCUCGAGACAAAUAAAUUGGAAGAAGAAAUCGUCAAUGUAAUGAAAAGUCCUGAAAAAAAAAGUCCUCUUCAUGGAAAAUAACUUAAAAGAACUACGUCUGGUCCAAUAAUAAAUUUACAACAACAAAUAAUCAUUUAAUAAGCUGAGCCUAUAAAGGAAACAUAAGUUUAAUAAAAAUCGAAGAGUUAGAUAAAGAAGAAGAAAAAGAAGAAGAAAGUUCAAAAGAAAAAUAAAGUUUAACUAUUAGAAAAGUAGUAAUCAGAGUUAAGAGUUUAAUAAUUAUUAAAAUAAAAUCUACGUAAACAUUGGAGUAAUUUUAAUCAUUAUAAAUUAGAGGAAAAGCAUGAUUAAUAAGUAUAAGAUGAGAUAUAAAAAUAAAGAGUAGCAAGUGUAAAUGAAAUGAGAAAAAUAUUUGAUCAACAAAUUCGAUAUAUAAAUAAUUAAAGAUUUUCAAGAGUAUUCUAAUAUUCUAAUAUUAUAUUAGUAAAAAUCUCCUCCUUAAUCUAUGUUACCAUGGGGGGCUGAUUAAAAUAAACUGAAAUAAUAUUGGACAAAAAUGUUAGAAAUACAUGAUAAAUUAGAAAAGCCGAUAACUUUUAAUUAAACUAGCACAGAAUAAGCCAUAAAAGAAAAGAUACGAAGACAUAAAUUAGGAUUAGAUUUUUUGAACUCUAAACCUGAAAAAGAUAUCUAAAAGAUUAUUUAAAGUAAGAUUUUAUGAAAUUAAAAGAACAAAAAUCUAAAUAAGUAUUAGAAUCUAUAUCUUCUCCUUAAAAAAACAAAAAUAGUUGUGAACAUAAGGAAGUUGAAUAGGAUGUGAAAUUAUAUAUGAUGUAUAAAAGAGAACUCUUAAGAUAACAAAAGAUUGAAGAGUAAGUAUUAUUUAAAUAUAAAUUUAAGAAAACAAUCCCAGAAAUAAAAAAAAGAAAAGGUCCUUUAAAAUCUCUGGAACUUAGAUAAAGAAGCUAAAUAAUUUGCUAAAUCAAGAAAUACAUCAAUAAAAUCAAAUUUAACUGUUUAAGCAAAUUCUCAGCAUGCUUAACCUCAAUCAUAACAUUAUCGAACAUCAGAACCACCAAAUUUUAACAAAAUAUAAAAAGAGUAUAAGGAAUUAAUGAGAUCUCUUAGAUAAUCAAGUUAUAGUAGUACAUAAUCAAACACAAGGAAACCUAGUUAAGUGAAUUUUAUUGAAUGGCUUCAGAAUCUGCCAGAAUCAUAUUUGUAAGAAUAAUUAACUUAGAUGCAAAUGAUAAAUGAGCAAAUGAAUAUUUAAGGUUUUUAAUAUAAGCUAAGUGAAUAAGAAUUAUAUUAGUUUUUAGAAUAAUUUUUAAAAGAAAAAUUUGAAUAAUAAUCUAAAUUAACUAUAAAAGAGAGAUUUUAAGAAUUGUAAGGCCGAUUCUAAGUAGUUACUUCAAAAUAAACUAAAAAUCAAUAACAAUAAUAUUAAUACUAAUACUAAUAAUAAUUAGAAUAAAAUCAAAGUCAUGAUAGUAUUACAAGUAAUAAAAGUAAAUAACAAAUAUAAUAAUAACCAGAUUCUUCACAUUAAGAUUAGUCAUAUAAUGAAAUUAAUGAAGAAUAAAUGGAGCUAAUAUAAAAUAUUGCUGCAAUUAUGAUUUAGAAGGUAUGGAGAGGUUAUAAAACUAGAUAAUUAGUUUUUGAUUAUCUCUAAUAUUUAAUAUAAUAAUAAGAAGAAGCUUAAUUAGAUGAUUAAGAAGAAAAAUAGUUUUAAGAAGAAGAAUUAAAUGAAUAGUUAUAAGAAGAAGAUCUUAAAGUUAUAGAUUCAAGUAAAUAGCAAAAUCAAGAUGAAUGUCUCUAAAAUGAUUCUGCAAUAUCUCAUCAUUAAGGAUAUGCUCCUCCUCCUUCUGAAUCUAUAAAUUAAUAAUCUCCUCCAUAAUCUAGUCCUAAGGGAAAUUCUAAUAAUCUUUCUCUCAAUUUAAAUUAUUUCUCUCAACCAUAAUAAUCAUUAGCAUAAUAAUCUAAUAAUAAUACUUAAAUAUUAUAGGAAUAAUAAUCUGGUUGCUAAUCACAAUCUGAAAAUAUUGAAUCUCAAAUUUAAGAUUCUUUACCUU